GGUGUCGGGCGGUGUCGGGCCGGUGUCAGGGCGGUGUCAGGGCGGUGUCGGGCCGAGCCGCUUCGGGUGACGGGGCUGGGGCCGGCCGGGCCUGCGCUGGAGUCCCGCGGCUCCCCGGGAGGGAGAGAGAGAGAGGCCCUGGGCCUCGCCUGCUGCGCGGCUGGAGCUUCUCGUUACUGCAGCAGAACUGCGAGAUUUGGGAUCUCUGCGCUCAGUGUACAAAGAGCUGUAGCGGCACCUUAAAGGACUGGCGUGAGAAAGGAAGCGCUUAGUUUGGAAAAGACCUUUAAGAUCAUGAAGUCCAACCCGCAUCUGUUUCCAGCCUCUUGUCAGGGAGUUGCAGAGAGCGGUAAGGGCUCCCUGAACCGCCUUUUUUCCAACCUCGCAGCUAGCUGAGCUGCUCCUCAUCAGACCUGUGAUCCAGGCCCUUCACCCGCUCCGCUGCCCUCCUCUGGACAUGCUCCGGCACCUCAGUGCCUUGGAGAGAGAGCCCUGAGCUGAACCCAGGAUUUGAGGUGUGGUCUCGCCAGUGCCGGAACAAUGGUUACUCCGUGCCCAUGCUCAUAAGGCACAUCUCUUUCACUAUCACCACUUUCCUGUAAAAUUUCAAACUUUCCAUACUUCAUGAAGUCUCAAAGCUAUUAAGUUCUUUUAUUCUUCCAAGUGUACACGGUGGGGUAGAGGACAGAGAGCCUUGUGCAUCCACAGAGCUCUGGCCAGCACAGGCAUCCAGCCAUCACUGGGCACUGGAGAAUACACGCAGGAGAAACAAUAUGGAUGUCCCAGGUUUACACUAUCAACUUGGAAUCUCGCUAUUUACUGAUACAAGGAGUUCCUGCAUUAGGUGUUAUGAAGGAAUUAGUUGAACAAUUUGCAUUAUAUGGUGCCAUUGAGGAAUAUCAUGCUCUAGAUGAAUAUCCAGCAGAGCAGUUUACUGAAGUGUACCUUAUAAAAUUCAAAAAACUGCAGUGUGCAAGGGUGGCCAAGAAAAAAAUGGAUGAACGAAGUUUCUUUGGUAGUUUGCUGCACGUGUGCUAUGCUCCAGAAUUUGAAACAGUCCAAGAAACUAGAGAGAAGUUGCAGGAUAGAAGAAAGUAUAUAGCAAAAGCAACAAAUCAAAGAGAUUGCUUUGUGUUAAGAAAAAUAGAAGGCCCUAAGAAGACAACCUCAAAGAACUCUGAGCAUGACUGUCCCUGGAGUACAUCGGGAUCAAGUAUAGCCAGGAACUGGGAUCCGUCCUGCUUUGCAAGUUCUCCUGGCAUAUCCCACAGCACAGCAUAUCCAUCUGGGAAUCAGAAUCAGAGCCUGUUAACACCUCCACCCUAUGAUAACAAUUGUGCUGAAAUUUCUGGGUACUUUGGUGAAAACACAUCUUUAACUCCAAGUGUACAUCCAGGAGGACAUACUCCACCAGUUUCCUUAAUGCAGCAAAGAAUGGUUCCAGCUUGCAAUGGAAUUGACAGGUUUAUGCCUCGUACAACUCACCUACAAGAACGUAAGAGGAAAAGAGAAGAAAGUAACAAGUUUUCCCUCAUUGGAACAAGUGAGGACAAUACUGAAGUUGUUAUUGGUCCACAACUACCAGAAAUACCUAAAGUGGAUAUGGAUGAUGAGUCUUUGAAUACUUCAGCUACAUUAAUUCGAAAUAAACUGAAAGAGGUAGCAGAUUCUGUUUCAACGUCUGUGGAAAAGCCAGAGAGCAGCUCAGCCAAACCAGUUGUAAAGCAGAGAAGAAGAAUAUAGAUACUGCUGGCAGCAUCUUCCAACAGUCCUUUUGUAAAGUUUAAAAUAUGUAUUUUUUAAUGUAAAAAAUAAAACUUUCUUUAUAUUGUA